UUGAAUUUCAAAUUUUUGGUCACACCAAAAAAUAGACCUACCUUCUUUGCAUUUUUUCCUAGAUACACUUCCGCUAGAUAGAAAUUCUAGAAAACAUGUCCGAAUUACAAGAAUUCAACCAGGCGGCCGAGGAUGUGAAAAACUUGAACACCACACCCGGUGACAAUGACCUUUUGGAGCUCUACAGCUUGUACAAACAGGCCACAGUUGGCGAUUGCAAUACAGAUAAACCCGGCUUCCUCGACUUCAAAGGCAAGGCCAAGUGGGAGGCUUGGAACAAUCGCAAGGGACUGAGCAAUGCCGACGCCCAGACCGCCUACAUCACCAAAGUCAAGGCCUUGAUCGAGGCCGUAGGCCUUAAGUCUUAGAUUUAAUCCACAAGGAAUAUUGCAUUUUAAAUUUGAGUUGUCGUCAAACGCACAAACUUUAAUUAUCCAUCUUUCGCACAAAAUACACAAUGAAUGCGUAACGUAAA